AUGCCAGUGCCUAGUACUGCCAGUGCUGAAGUCGAUGACGGCUUCAAGAUCAGACGAGACACCGAUGAGUCUUCUCAAGUUAACGUCGCUGACGGCUUCAAGAAGCUCCGGCGCGAGGAUGACGAAGCGGCCAGUGUUGAAGUCGCUGAUGGAUUCAAGAAGUUACGACGCAAUGAUGACGAAGAGGCCAGUGUCGCGAUGGCGGAUGGAUUUUAG